AUGGAAAAAAUUGGAAAUCUUGUUGGUGCUACGGUCAAGGUGGAUGCUCAUACUCUCAGUCAAGGUCGUGGUAAGUUUGCUCGAAUUUGUGGCGAACUUGAUUUGGCUAAGCCUUUUACCCCAUUCAUUAAGAUUGAAGGCCGUACAUAUGGGGUUGUGUAUGAGGGAAUUAAUUUGGUUUGCUUUGAAUGUGGAUGUUUUGGGCAUGGGAGAGAUUCUUGCCCUAUUAUUUUGCAAGCCAAACAGCAGGUUCCAGAGUCAGAUAAUGCUGAUUGUAUGGAGGAUAUUUCUACUGUCCAGGUUAAUGUGAAUUUAGGUGCUGCUACAAAGGAGGUUGAGGUUCCAGCAAAGAUGCACGGGGAGUGGAUGUUGUUGAAGCCAAGGAAUUUUAGGAAGAAUAGCACAAAUGAUAUAGGGAAGGGUGCUGAUCUUAGCAAGAGGAAUACAAAGGAUACUGGUACGAAAGCUAUUAGUCCUGUCUUUGGUUCUCGUUUCAAUGUGUUGAUUGAGGAGGUUGGCAGAGAAGAGGAUAUGGAGGGAUCUCCUCCUGUUAAGACUAGUGAUUCUAGUUCUAAAAAACAGGGUUCUUUUGCCAAUACUUAUUCUACUAAGGGAAAAAGUGCUGGGGUGAAAUUUGCUUCCUCUCGUGACUCUGGCACAUGGGAGGCCUUGGAAGAAAGAGCUGGGCCUAAAUCUUUCUCUUGUCAUGAUAUUGAACCUGUGAGGCUGCAAGUUAAGGGCUCUGAUGUUCAAGAUGAUGUUCGGGGGAAGUUUUCUUUUAAUUUAGGUGGCUCUCUUUUUCCAAAGUUGCCUUUGGGUAAGGAAGGUUUAUUUUUUGGUCAUGAACCUCCUGAUAUCAGUGAGAUGGGAAUUAAUGAGGUUGAGCCUUCCGAUGCGAGUGAUAUGGAUCAUCAGGGUAAUUUCUCUGAACAUUGUGAGUCUGAUACUGGACUAGAAGCUGAUAGCUCUUUUGAGCAUGAUGGUUUUGAAGCCGUUGAGGCUGAAGGUGCUGGUAAAGAUAGGUGUGCUAGUACUAUUAAGGACCUAAAAAAGGCUUAUCCCAUUGAUGUGUUUGCUAUUCUUGAGCCUCGAAUAAGUGGCUCUAGGGCUCUCAGUGUUGCCCAGAGUUUGGGUUUUUCUCAUUACCAUAUUGUUGAUGCUUUUGGUUUUUCUGGGGGUGUUUGGUUGUUGUGGAAUGGGAAUUCAGUUUCUCUUCAAGUUAUUCCGCACUCUAGCCAAUCUAUCACUGCGUUAGUAACUUUGAGGAAUCAUAGGUGCCUCCUCGCUAUUGUUUAUGCAAACCCUUGCCCUGGGAUUUGA